GGUUCAGUGACCCCUACUGCAUGCUGGGAAUUCAACCGGGUAACACAGGUGCGCCAUUAAGUCCUCAGACGAAUUUAGCAGCGCAUUCGCCCCACACGCCCCCCGCCUCGCCGCGACAAGCAACCAGAGCCCUAUCCGACGGGAGUGAAAUCGAAAACUCGCAUCAUGAGAAACUGCGGAAGCACCAUAGUUUCAGGCUGUCGUUCAAGCGAAAGGAGCACACGAGCAGACGCGAGCAUCGGGAGUCCUUAAGCGGCGCGUUGCCAGCGAAGUUCAUACGGGCGACAACGGUGAAGCCACACACGCUCAGCCCGCGAUGGAACGAGAAGUUUCGUUUCGACAUCGACGACAUCAACACAGACAUUCUCCAUCUGGACAUAUGGGACCACGACGACGAGUCCUCGGUAUUCGACGCUGUUAGCAAGUUGAACGAGGUGCGCGGUGUGAAGGGCCUCGGACGGUUCUUCAAGCAGAUCGCGCAGAGCGCCAGAUCUGGAGGGCAGGACGACUUCUUAGGCUGCGUGAAUAUUCCUCUUCAGGAGAUUCCAAGCACCGGACUGGAUCGAUGGUACAAACUGGAAGCCAGAACGCAACGAAGCACUAUUCAGGGUAGAAUUAGAUUAAGACUGUGGCUAUCAACAAGAGAAGACAGGGGAACCUCGGAAGAAGACAAUUGGGGGGAAUUGAGGCAGCAGGAAAGACUUUAUACUGUUUUCCUCAACCAUGAGAUGAGCAAACAAGGGGAAGACUUCACGGGCGAAUUGCCGCAAUCGGCACUAACAAUUCUCCACCAGCACGCUGUCCAAGGUGAUGUCACGGAGCUGCAACAAGCCCUAGUUAGAUGGGUAGCGACAUCCCGGCAGCCGACCUGCGAUCCAAGGAUCCUUCACCGUCUUCUUCAGGAAUUGGACAAAGUAUGGCAUAUGGACACGCUUUCCCGUGACGAAGAGCAGUGUCUCGCUGAUUCUUUUAACGAAUUCCUCGAAGUCUCUCUGAAGAAGAUUCGACAGCAUCGAGUACUUCAUCCGCCAUUGCAUCGACCAUCAAUCUCGAAACUGGAUUACCUUCUUAGAUGUCUAGGAUUGCUGUCAAACAUGAAAGCCUUCCGAUCGUGUUGUCCUUUCAACAAAGAAAUUCGUGGAGAAAUCAUAACUGCCUUAAGAAAGGGAACACUCGACUGGUACGAAGAGAAGAGGCAGCAAACAAUGUGUUAUGUUAAGGAACCUGAUCAAGAUGCAGAUAAAGUCCUGCAGGACUUUACGAACUUGGUAACUGCGUUACUUGUAGACUUGGAGCAAGGACUGACUUAUUAUAACAGUCUCUUUGAAAGGACGAAUGGGGUGCCGUAUUUCGCGGCUGUUUAUAAACAACUGGACAAGCUGCUGGCGGAACACGUGGCGAAACACAUGGAGAAUACAUACGAGAUACAUAACGAGCUAGGAGCAAGGGUUACCACCGCCUGUCUACAACUUCACGGUCAGAACGCGGACAAAGAGUAUGUCCUACCACCUGGCGCGGAAAUUGGAACGCCGAUGUUUGAACUGUACAUCGCUCUACAAGAUUUCGUAAUAAUGAAGGAGAACCUGCCGCAGUCUGACCACAAAACUUUGGCGACUUGCAAGUAUUACGAGUGGUUCAGACCAGCUGUCGACAAAUGGUUGGAUCUGGCGAAACUGAAAGCAUUUCAACGUGUACAAAAGUCGACUGAACUCGAUCAAAUCUGCGCCGGUGAAUACAUAGUGAAACAUUGCACGUCCGCGAUUGAUGUCACAGCGUGCUUCUAUCAGAUCAAAGAAUUCUGGAAAAAGUUGGCAUGGCCAGAUGUUCCGGGAUCAUACAAUUCGGUUUUGAAAGUUGUCGACGCGAUAUGCAGUUCAGCGUCAUGCUACGCGGAGAUCACCCACCAGAAACUAUCCGAAAGUGGUUAUUACGAGGAGCAGACCCCUUAUAAGACUACAGACGAGGUAAUCGCUCAGAUGUGCGUAGCCAUCAAUGGUCUCGAGUACGUCCGUAGAUGGCUAAUGGAUUUAGGAGAGGAACUCCAGGUUGAGAAACUUCUAUUGGCGUUGGAAAGUCAAGCGGGUGAUUUGGCUCGGGUACAACGGCGGACUGCUUUGAAAUCCCCGCUGGAACAAACUCCGGCACAAAUGUUGCUUUUCAUAAACCAGAUUGUCUCAAGAAUCGGUACCAAGGUCAGUGUCGCCUAA